GAGUCAAAGAUCAAAGGACAGGUCUUUUCUAUAUAUGAAGCCAACCGUCCAGACAACUGGAUCAUUUCAAACCUUUCCAAGAGAGACUGAGAGAGAAAACUGACAGAGCCGUACAACAUGCAUGUGAAAACGCACGCAAGAAACCUCAACGGGAACAAUAGGUCCUUUAGAGGAGGAGCUGCGCAGUGCAACAUGAUGAAGGCCAACAACCAGCACUGGAGGCCUUUUAGAGGUCCAAGAGGAAGAGCUGUGCAGGAAAGAACGAUGGAGAUGGACAAACUCCAAGAAGAUGUGCACCAGCUCAACCAGAUGCUGUGUAGAGAGAAGGAACAAUGCUUCAGAGAGAAGAAGGAGAGGAUGCUCCAGGUUAAAGACUUGGAUAUCACCAAGAAACAACUGGAUAAAGAGAGACACCUCAAAGAAACCUUCAUGAACAGGUGCAAAUAUCUGGAGGGACUCCUGGGCGACAACACAGGAGAGAACUCUCUCAUGCACUUGGGGAGCACCAACAAAACAAAGAAGACAUCUAAUGGCUUUGAAGCAAUGCAAGUAGACCCCUUGACCAGCAACAAGGUCUCAGCAGAUCUCCAGGCAGAGGUGAACAAGAACAAACUACUGCAAGAAGAACUGGACAAGGUCAAAGCUGCACACCAUGAGAUGGGUGUCAGGUACGAAAAUGACAUGGCCAGUGCCAAGCAGAUGGUGGACACCCUCCAAUGUGAACUUCAGAAACAGAAGCAGGUUCACACGGACAAAGUGUCUCAUGACAAAGAUGCCCUUGCAGCUUUAACAGUGGAACACAAAGCACUCGGUCAGAAAAUGGCAGAGGUAAACCAGAGCUACCAAAAUGACAUGAUCAGAGCCAGGCAGAUGGUGGAGACCUUCCAAUGUGAACUUCAGAAACAGAAGCAGGUUCACACGGACAAAGUGUCUCAUGACAAAGAUGCCCUCGCAACUUUAACAGUGGAACACAAAGCACUCGGUCAGAAAAUGGCAGAGGUGAACCAGAGCUACCAAAAUGACAUGGCCAGUGCCAAGCAGAUGGUGGAGACCCUCCAAUGUGAACUUCAGAAACAGAAGCAGGUUCACACGGACAAAGUGUCUCAUGACAAAGAUGCCCUCGCAGCUUUAACCGUGGAACACAGAGCACUCGGUCAGAAAAUGGCAGAGGUGAACCAGAGCUACCAAAAUGACAUGAUCAGAGCCAGGCAAAUGGUGGAAGCCCUUCAGCUUGAGCUUCAAAAACAAAGGCAGGCUCAAGCUGACAUAGUGUCCCCAGACCAAUCUGCCAUCAUGACCUUAAAGGCUGAACACCAUGCCACAUGUCAGAAGAUGGCACAGGAGAUGGCUGACCUGCAGAAGAGUGCCCUCCAAAAAGAGCAGAUGAUGGUGAAAGAGCUGGAGAGAGUCAACGCUCAGCUCGAUGCCCAGAAAGACUACAAGGAGCUCAAAGAGCUGAAGACCACGGGCGUGGGGGUUUUCAGAGCAGCUAUUCUGGAGGAGAGGAAUAAAGUCAGCAAACUCCUAGAAUACCUGGAGGAGUACAAAGCGACACACCAAGAGCUCAAUAACAAAUACACAUCUGAAGUACUUAGUGUCCGACAACAGGCUGAGAACCAGAAGCAUCAGUCUGAAAUAGAGAUCAAGUCUUACUCUGACAAGCUGACACAAAGCCAACAGCACAUCUCCCACCUGAGGGCCGAACAGGACGCUCUACGCCAGCACUGCCAACAGAUGGAGAGCUUCUAUCUGGGGAAGCUGAAUGAGUUGGGCUGUCAGCUCUCUGAAGCUCCAACUUAAAACUGAGCCAUGACUUUGGUUUUACUCCGGGACUCUCCGGUUUCCUCCCUAACAUUGCAACAAUAAAAAUAUAAACAUAAA